GUAUGGGCUUAUUUUGCCAAAGAAAGCACAGCAGUUGCACCCUGUUUUGCAAAAACCAUCAGUGUUUGGGAAUGAUUCUGAUGAUGAUGAGGGAUCACAUAUUCUCUUGACAGUGGGAAAGGAACAAAGGGAGGUCCUAGGCAAUGGAAGGAAACUGGCCUAGGAAUAUUAAUUGAUAAUUCAGAAAGCGGAUAAUGUAGGUUUCAGUGCACAUUUUUUUUUAUGGUUUUCUUGUUCAGACCUUUAAGUAUCAUUAUUUAAGCAUCUGAUGUAUAGAAGACAUUAUACUGGGUGCUACUGAUAGAAGUUUGAAUAAGAUAAGAUCUGUGCUUUCAAGGAGCUCUUUUUAAUACUUAUGAAAGUGAACUUAUAUAUAAUUCAGGUUAAAACUAAAAUAUCUUCACUUCUGAGAGAAGUUAAAAUUUCAGAAGGUACUAAGGGUGUUUUGUUGGGAUUAAGGACAUUUCUCUUUGAGCAACCAGAGAUAAAAGCCAGAUGGAACAGCCCACCUUACUUUGAGAAGAAUUUUUCUGUGGGCUCCUUUUCUUGUGCACAGCUUCUGUUCAUUCUGCAGUCUACUUGACUAUGACCUGUUUCUGGCUACACGCUCUCUAGCUUCACCGGAUUUGGGCUACCCUGCUUUCUGUUCUUAAAAUCAGCCUCAUAUCUUAGUGUUUUUAUGCAUUCCACGAAUGAUUUGCUUCGUAUACUUGGACCAUGCUCUUUAGCUUGUCUCUGUCAGUCUGUUCAUCUGUUGCAUAAUAAUUUGCCUCUGCUACUACAUUCCUGCCUCUGAAUUUGCUCUGUACCUGUCCUUAUAUGUAGUUGGUUUGACAUAUUUUGGCUCCUGGCUUUAGUUUCUAAAUAUGCCCUUUUGUUCUUCCUGAGGUGAUUCAUUAAAGGUUUCUUGCAACUGAUUCUCUAAAACACUGGGUCAUUGGGUCAGAUCCUCUCUUCCUCUUCCAAAUUUUUCAGUUGUAAUAACCACAGCUCAUUUUAUUUUAAAAUUGUUAUUAUCAUAUAGUUUUUUAUUUAAAAUUAUCCACUGCAGAUAAAAAGAGUCUACAGUUUUUUGUGUAUGGCCUGAUGUUAUUUUACUUUUUAAAACAGCUUUAUUGAGGUAUAAUUGAUAUAUCCAUCCAUCUAUUUACAGUAUACAGUUUGCUAAAUUUUGACAUAAGUAUAUACCAUGAACUGUCACUAUGAUAAAGAUAAUUAACAUAUCUAUCACACCCCCAAAUUUCCUUAUGUCCCUUUAUAGUUCCUCCUCCUUGCCCCUUCCCAUCCCCUUCUCCAACACUCAGUCAACUGCUGAUCUAAUUACUAUAACUAUAGUUUUCAUUUUGAAGAAUUUAUAUAAAUGGAAUCAUGCAGUAUAUACUUUGGUUGAGGGGUGGGGGUGGCUUCUUUCAGCAUAAUUACUUUGAGAUUAAUUCACACUGUGUGUUUCAGUAGUCCACUCUUUUUUCUUGCUGAGUAGUAGUCUAUCGUAUGAAUAUACCACAAUUGAUCUGUUCACCUGUUGAUGAUUAUUUGGAUUGUUUCCAGUUUUUGGCUGUUAAAAGUAAAAUGGCUGUGAACAUUUGUAUACGAGUCUCUGUAUGGACCUCUACUUUCAUUUCUCUUGGAUGAAUACUUAGGUGUGAAAUGGCUGGAUUGCAUGACCUCCGUGAGUGAAAGCCUUCAGAGGGAAGCUGCUAAGAAGCAGGCAAUGAAACAGACCAAACUAGAAAUCCAGAAGGCCCUUGCAGAAGAUGCCACUGUAUAUGAAUAUGACAGUAUUUAUGAUGAAAUGCAGAAAAAAAAGGAGGAAAAUAAUCCCAAAUUGCUGUUGGGAAAAGACCGAAAGCCCAAAUAUAUUCACAACUUACUAAAAGCAGUUGAGAUCAGAAAAAAGGAACAGGAAAAGAGAAUGGAAAAGAAAAUACAGAGAGAACGAGAAAUGGAGAAGGGAGAGUUUGAUGAUAAGGAGGCAUUUGUGACUUCUGCCUAUAAGAAAAAACUUCAAGAGAGAGCUGAAGAGGAAGAAAGAGAAAAAAGGGCUGCUGCACUUGAAGCACGUUUGGAUGUAACCAAGCAGAAAGAUCUCAGUGGAUUUUAUAGACACCUAUUAAAUCAAGCAGUUGGUGAAGAGGAAGUACCUACAUGCAGCUUUCGUGAAGCCAGGUCUGCGAUAAAGGAAGAGAAAUCAAGGGGUUAUUCUGAUGAAGUAAGUUCAGAGAACAGAAUACCACGUGAGAAAUGCAGUGUCCAAACUGUUGUGAAAGCAGAGGAAAACCCAGAUGUAGACAGUGACUUUGAUGCUAAUAGUGAGGAUGAUGAAAUGGAAGAAAAUCAUAAAGUGAACUGCAGAAGGAAGAAGGUCGCAGAGACCUCCGAGAGUGACUCCAAGCAUCAGAGAACUGAAGCGCACUCACGGUCUUCUAGUGAAGAAAGAGAGCAUGGUACCGACUGCCACACAAAAAGGUCCAAGUCAAGAGUUCAUGAGAAAAGGGAAGAUCAGCACCAAGAGAGGCAAUCCAGGGAUCGUGAGAACUAUUAUACUGACCGUGAUUACCGAAAAGAAAAGAAGGAUUCCUAUAGGCACAGAGAGGCCAGUCACAGGGAUUCUCACUGGAAGAGGCAUGAACAUGAAGAUAAACUGAGGGGAAGAGACCAAAGAGAAAGAAAUGACAGAGAUUGGAAAAGGGAGAAAGACAGGGGAAAAUACUCCCCAAGAGAACAAGAAAGAGAUAGGCAACGAAAUGAUCAUGACCGACACAGUGAGAAAGGAGGAGAGAAGGAAGAGCAUAUGAAAGCAAGGAAAGAAAGAUAUGAAAACAGUGAUAAGUACAGAGAUAGAGAACGAGAAAUAAGUGUUCAAUCUUCAGAAAGAAUCCGAGACAAAAAAGAAAGCAGCCCAGAUUCUAGGGCAAAGGAUAGGUUUCUUGACCGGGAAAGAUCCGGUAAAAUGAGAAAUACGGAAAAGGACAGAGAAAGAAACCCAGAGAAAGCCUCCAGUUCUGAAACAUCCCUGGGAGCAAAACACAGACUCACAGAGGUUCACCAAGAGAUGGGCAAAGAACAAGAGAAACCGCAUGAGGUGGGGAACAAGUUUGCAAAGCGAAGCAAUGAAGAGACUGUAAUGUCAGCUAGAGACAGGUACCUGGCCAGGCAGAUGGCCCGGGUUCAUGCAAAGACAUACAUUGAGAAAGAAGACGAUUGAUAACUGCCCAAAUAGAAAGACCUGUGGAAGCACAAAAACUUUAACUCCUGGACCAUGCUGCAUGAAGCCGUAAAGGAGUGUGUUCACUGUGGUUGGGAGGGUAAUUUGUAAUAUAUUUUCAAAAUUCUUUUUUGGGGUAAGUAAAAAAUAAGUCCUUUUAUUCUGAAUGUUUGAGUGAAUUGAUACAUAUUUAAUUAUCAAUACCACAUUCUUGGUUGUAUUCAAGCAACUUAAAGAGAUGUUAAAUCCCUAUAGUUACUUAAUGAGGCAAAUGGGCUCCACUAUGGCCAUUAAAAAAUAAUUCAAACAACUCCCCUAAUAAUGUUGGUUUUGUUGCAGGAGGUGUUAAUUUUAUAAAUACCGUAUUCUAGAUAAAAAUAUGUGGACUUGAACAAUAGAGACUAUUGUUAUACUUUAUGUUCUGAAAUUUGUGUUAAUGUAUAAAAUAUGGAUUAUACAUCUUGUCUAACUUUCUAGCUCAGCACAUUUGGUUUAAAUGCAAAUAAAAUUAGUGAUGUGUUUGUGCA